AUGAGGAUAGCUGGCUCGCAGCUCAUCCACCUGACACUUCAGGGCCAGCAGGACCUGCUGAGAAAUCAGACAGCUUUGGUGGACAAGUCCAGGAGCACCGUGACCUACUACAUCACCUCACAGAGCAACCACACCGCCGUGGUGCUGUAUGACAGCAGGAAUGGCUACGUGUGCUACAAGCCCAUGGAGCAGCGUGUGUGCUACCUGAAGAGGAUGGACUCCUGGGACCUCCAAGCCCUACAGACACCUCUCAACACAUCUGAGCAGAGAGCUGAUCAGCUGCUCCGUCUCAAUAACCAGACCAAGCACUACCAGGAGUUCCUGGGUGUUCUGGCAGGGGGAGAAGUGGACCCCCAGGGCCUGGGGGAGGCUGUGCAGACCCUGUGUGAGCAGACUCCCAUCUUCAGAGUCAGGAGAAGCGAGGGUCCAGGGAAGCAGCGCCUCAUCUACCUUUGCAUUGACAUCUGCUUUCCAAGCAACAUUUGUGUGUCUAUCUGCUUCUAUUACCUCCCCGAGUAA